AAAUUUAACACUUCGCAAUACAUCAACAAAUGCGAUCAAUACAACGAAGCUACUAUUAAGUGUUACACAAAGCACAAUACAAUCAAAUACAUGCAACACCAUAACUCUAUCCAAUAUGUCCACCUCUAAACGAAGAAAAACGUCGCCUAGUACCGAAGCCCCAGAGUCCCCAGAUGUCCCCGAGACCCACGAAGCUCAUGACGAGUCUCACGAUUCUGCGACACUCGAUGAAGGUUCAAUUGUCGAAGCUGCUCCGAAGACAUUCAAGGACUUAGGCAUUGUCGAUCCUCUAGUCGAAGCGUGCCACUCCUUAGGUUACAAACAUCCUACGCCAAUUCAAGCACAAUCAAUCCCUCUCGCUCUACAAAACAGAGAUCUUAUAGGUCUCGCCGAAACCGGCAGCGGAAAGACAGCUGCAUUUACCCUACCUAUACUACAAGCACUUCUCGAGAAGCCGUCAGCUUUCUUCGGUCUUAUACUCGCCCCAACUCGUGAGCUAGCUACACAAAUUGGCCAGGCUGUAGACGCCCUCGGUGCCUCCAUUUCAGUGAGAUGCGCCGUCAUCGUCGGUGGUUUGGACAUGGUCCCCCAGGCCAUCGCCUUGUCCAAGAAGCCACAUAUUGUUGUGGCUACCCCAGGACGUCUGCUAGACCAUCUCGAGAAAACGAAAGGCUUCAAAUUGUCAAACACCAAGUACUUGGUCAUCGAUGAGGCCGACAGACUGUUAGACAUGGACUUCGGUCCUAUACUUGACAAACUACUGAAAUUCCUCCCAAGGGAGAGACGGACAUUCCUCUUUAGCGCCACAAUGUCAUCAAAGGUCGAGAGCUUGCAGAGGGCAAGUUUGCGGGAUCCUCUGCGUGUCAGUAUCACCACCAACAGGUACCAGACUGUCUCAACCCUGAAGCAGUACUAUAUUUUCAUCCCGCAUAUGCAUAAGGACUCCUACUUGAUAUUCCUCGUAGCAAGCGAGUUCACUGGGCGAUCUACUAUCGUCUUCACACGAACGGUCUACGAAACCCAGAGAGUGGCAAUUCUAUUACGCUACCUAGGCUUUGGAGCAAUUCCUCUCCAUGGUCAAUUAUCGCAAUCCGCGCGUUUGGGCGCUUUAAACAAAUUCAAGUCUGGGUCUCGCGACAUUCUAGUUGCGACCGAUGUUGCCGCGCGAGGUUUGGAUAUACCUAAAGUUGACGUAGUCUUCAACUAUGAUUUGCCCCAAGACAGCAAGACAUAUGUACACAGAGUAGGGCGAACAGCACGUGCGGGCAAUGCCGGUCAAGCCAUCAGCUUAGUUACCCAGUACGAUAUUGAGAUAUAUCAACGCAUAGAAGCCGCGUUGGGCAAGAAGCUGGAUGAAUACGAAACCGACAAGGAAGAGGUGAUGGUAUUCAAAUCCCGCGUCGAGGAAGCCCAACGCCACUCGCGUACCGAGAUGAAAAACUUGAUGGAUGAUCGGGGUAACAAGGGUUCGGUUUUGAAAGGUCGACACGCAGGUAGGAACGCCAAGAGACGGCACGACGCCAUGGACGCCGAAGAAGGAUGAAGACAUUAUGAGGAUAUACGAAUAUCAACUUUGACAAACAGAGAGCAUAAGAAGGGGCGUUUUGAUUAGAUACCCAGCAGCUCAAAAGCUACCAAAUUUCCCUAACUGCAG